AUUCUUGGAGGGGCGGGAUCCUCAACCCCGCAAUGACAAGAUUGACAGUGUUGUAAUUAAUUAUUUUUAACCCGAUACAACGCACAUUUAUUUUGUUUAUAUUUUCCCAAUCGUUAUUUUGGCCUUAGUCAUUUUGCCUGACAUUUUAAAAGAAGCGAGGUCGUUAAGGGAAAUACGAUUUGUUUAUUUUUUGUCUAAAUGUGUUGGUUUCAUUUCGCUUGUGCGGUCUUAAAAAGGAAUUUCUUGUAAAUGCUUGCGAUGGAUUUGCAAUCUGCAGAUUGAUUGAUUCCGAUUAGGCUAGAUAUAAAACAAGACAAUCAUCUGUGGGCUAAACAGUCGUUUUAGGUGUUCUGUGAUGGGGCGGGGUCCUGGACAUAACCAUGAAGACCACAGGAAGAACACUAUGGUUUGGCUCCCCAGCUUCCUGCAUGGUGGGACUUCCAGCCUGGUGUCCACUCUCACCACCUUCCCCAUCUACAAGAUCGUGUUCCGCCAGCAGCUUCACAGCACCGUAGUCAGCCAGGCGAUAGGCCAACUCAGGAAGGAGGGUUUCCUGAAGCUCUACAGGGGGGUGGUGCCCCCUCUACUGAUGAAAACCCUGAAUGGGACACUACUUUUCGGGAUACAUGACACUUUCCUCCACUGUCUCUCCUCCAUCACCAACCCCUGCGGGGUCAUCCAUCUCCCCGCGUUACUAGCUGUGGCCGGGCUCGGCACAGGCAUGGUGGAGGCCUUGGUGUUCACGCCAUUUGAGCGUGUGCAGAAUGUGCUGCAGAACGGGGGCAACGACCGCAGCCUGCCCACCCUGAGGAGUGUGUUGGCCCGGCUGGGGGCAGAGAGGCUGGGGUUGGGGUACUACAGAGCUUUCAUCCCCAUACUGGCCCGUAACACCCUGGGAAGCUGCAUCUACUUCGGUCUGAAGGACCCCGUCAGUGCUGCUCUGAGGGAGAAGGGGCUUCCUCCUAUGGCCUCAUCCUUCCUGUCAGGAAUGAUAAUCAGCUCCAUGGCGAUCAACCUGCCCCUGUAUCCUCUGUCUGUGCUGGUGGUCAACAUGCAGGCUGGGGUGGUGGGUGAGGCAGCGGGGGUGAGGGGGAGCUGGAAGGCGCUGUGGGAAGGUCAGCUGAAGAGGAGCGUCCCCCUGCUGUACCGUGGAGGUUCCUUGGUUAUCCUCAGGAGCUGUAUCAGCUGGGGAAUCACAACAGCCAUCUACGACCGACGCUCCGCACACUGAAACACAACACCUCACUGCUCCAUUCCAGACAAGGUCUGCGUCACAAAUUGCACCCUAUUCCCUUUGCAGUGCAAUUUGGGAAGCACCCGGGAAGAACUUCUCGAACUUUCUCGUCUCUCUCUUUCGCUUUCUCUCUCUUUCGCUUCCUGUCUCUCUCUCUCUUUCUCUCUGUCUCUCUCUCUUUCUCUCUGUCUCUCUCUCUUUCUCUCUGUCUCUCUGU